AUGGAGGAUGUCCUGAGGUGUGGCUUAGUGGGGUUGAUUGUAUAUGGAAACUACAUACUAUUUUCGGGUUAUAUUACCACUAUAUUCUGGUCUAUGUGCUAUUCUGUGCUAUUCAAACAGAUUAACAAUAAUACUCCAUUUAUUCUGAUUCCCGUAAUGCAUAUAGUAUUAGUUGUUAGUAUUUUGUUUACCGUUUUUCCGUAUUUGGUAAUGUCUAUAUGUAGAAAAGAAUUAUUAGAGUUUUUUGUAAGCACUAUACAUAAUAGACAGGAGAUAGUAAGCAACAUAUCAGCAGCUGAUUGCCGCAUGUAUUACAGAAUAUACAAUGCUUUAAAGCCAUUUGCAAUGUACACUUCCUAUGAUGUUCAGAAAGAUUUACUGCUCAGUGGACGUGUUGUGUGUUUUAUAUUCUUCUUUGUUUAUUUCUAUAGAUUACAGAAGAAUCCUCUUUUUUAUCUUAUUGGAUCUAUCCCUAAAGCAGCGCAUAUAAUCAAAAUAUUUGAAGGUAUUUUAAACACGCUCUGCAUUGCGAGUGUAUACCAAGCAUUGUUUUCUGUGCUUUCAUCAAUCUAUUUUGCGCAGCCACUGCUUAUUACUUAUAUGAUGACAUUUUUUGUUUUGACGCUUUUCCCUGUACAUUCUCUGAUUUAUUUUUUCUUGUUUGCAGUAAUGCUACUUGCACACGGCCAGCGAUUAAAUUCUGGUAUAUUGAUUAUUUCUGGGGUGAUUAUACACAUAAUAAUAAGAUGUAUUUUCUCUACUAAAAGCAGCGUAAAUGCUGGCAUAGGCAACAGAUACUUAAAAAGUAUAAGUAGUUUCUUGGGGUGGAAGGUAUUUGGAUGUGCAGGACUUGUUUUAGGCCCAUUCCUUCUGUUUUCUCUUUUAGUGCUGACAGGCCCAGAUGAUGUUCAGCCUUCUUAUAAUCACAACACUGCACAGGAAAUAACCCGAAAGAUAAACAAGAGCCCGAAAAAGCUAACAAAAACCAUGGAAAUACUACGAAAGAAUAAAUAGUUCUAUUAGAAUAGAAUCAGACUGAGUUUCCC